AUGACCGUCGACGAACCCCUGAAAAUCACCAUCGUGGGCGGAGGAAUAGGUGGCCUUGUCACUGCCAUCGCCCUCCGCGGCCCAGGCCGCCGGAUCACAGUCCUGGAGCGCUCCCGCAUGCUCCGCGAAGUCGGGGCGACCAUCUCCCUGCAGCCCAACGCCUCGAGAAUAAUCGACAGCUGGGGCCUGGCGCCGUUCCUGGAGGCCUGCAAGCCCCUGUCCGACCAGGCCUUCAUGAUCCGCAACGCCGCCGGCAAGCUGGUCAACACCAUGACCUUUGACCGGGCCAGGUUCGGCGCCGAUCGGGUCAUGUACCACCGGCAGGAUCUUCACUCGGCGCUGCGCCGCGCCGCCGAGAGCACAGAUCGGCCCGGCCCACCUGCGGUCAUCAGGACGGCGUGCAGGGCUGUGGGCUGCGAUCUGGAAGAGGGAGCUGUGCUACUGGAGGGGGGAGAGGUGGUGUGUGGAGACGUGGUCGUGGGGGCGGACGGCAUCAGGUCGGCGCUGAGGGACGUCGUGGUGGGCAAGCAGUGCGAAAUCCACCCGACGGGCCUGACGGCGUACCGCAUCCACCUGCCGCGGUCGAUCAUCGAGACCGCCGUCAGGGAUCACGGCGCGCCACCUGAGAUGGGCGACCUCGAUCGGCCCGGCACGACCAUGAUCCUGGGCCACGAGCGGCGGGUCUUGUUUGGUCCCGCGAGGGGCGGGGAGCUGUACGGCGGCGUCUGCCUCGUCCCCGACGACCAGCUGCUCGAGGCCCUCCCGGGCGAGGCUUGGAAUGGCGCCGGGUCCAAGAAGGCGCUCCUCGCGUCGUUUGAGGGAUUUCCGGACUGGUUCCUGGCCAUGAUCAAGCUGGUGGCGGACGAGGACGUUGGACUGUGGCAGCUGCGCGACAUUGACCCGCUCGAUGCGUGGAGCAAGGGCCGCGCCAUCCUCAUCGGCGACGCGGCCCACGCCAUGCUGCCGACCCAAGGACAGGGAGCAUCGCAGGCCGUCGAGGACGCCGAGGCACUGCAGGCCUACCUUGCGGAUCUGCCGGCCAGGCCGACGGGGGACCAGGUGUGCGAGGCGUUGAGGAAGGUCUGGGAGGUGAGGCACCAGCGGGCGAUUCUGAUUCAGAAUUUCAGCAGGGCUCAGGGGAGGCAGAACGCAGGAGCGGAUGCGUCUGGCAAGGUCACGAUGAAUCCUGGGGAGUUUUUGCAGUUUAAUUGUAGUUAUCUCGGGGCCAAGGACUGGGAGAUCAGGAUGAAGGAGAGGAGGACGGGGAUGGAAGCUUUUAUAUAA